CGGAAGUGCGGAGAAGUGCAGCAAUACCAUCUCCAGUGAAUCCACUGAGAAAUGAGUGAAUAAAGUAGCGUUGGGUGACAUGGCGCCUCUGUAAAGCUGUCACAGAGAAGCUGGCGGGAUGGUGUAGAUUCGUCAGUGAUGUCUGAAGCUGCUUUGGACGAGGUUUCGGUGUUAUCGUCUAUUUACUGCGCAGAGGGAGAGUUUCAGCUCGUCCGACAGUCUGCUCAGGAUGGGCUCCUGGUCCAAAUCAACAGCACCGUCGGAAGAGAAAGGAGCCUGAACUUGACUCUGUUGUUCCACCUGCACCCUGGUUACCCUUCCUGUCCCCCCGACAUCUCCGUCUCUUCCACUGGCCUUUCUAGGACCCAGUGUCACAACAUCAGACAGAAGCUGCUCGAUCAAGCUGCAGCCUUACCACCUGAACCGAUGGUUCACCAGCUGGUAGAGUGGUUACAGCAGGAUGUGGAGGUGACAGAGGACUGCAGAGGAGCUGAAGAGGAGGUGAAGGAGAGUGAGAGAGAGGAGAAGUGGACUGCAGUGCUGUCGCUCGACCACAUCCGGUCCAGAAAUCGUUACGUGGGACUGUUGGAGUGCUGGACCCAGCAGCUGCAGCUGACUGGGAAGUUAUUACUGGGACGAAAUAUACUGGUUAUUCUACAGGGACAAAGAGCUGACAUCAAGGAGUUUUGUCGCCUGUUGAGGACAGUAAAGGUGGAUGUGGAUUCUUCAGGCAAGAAGUGCAAGGAGAGGAUGAUGAAGGUCCUCAUUGAAACACCUUCGUCUUCCUCCUGUGGACACGGUCUCCAGAGUUUUGCAGUGAAGGAUUACCGGUCAGUAGCAGAGCUGGCCGCAGCCUUCCAGGAGCUCCACAUGACUGAACUUUACCAGCAGAUACUGCCAUCAUUAAGUGACUCACAUCACACAGGUUACCAUGGUGACUGAGCCUGAAACUGACAAAUCCAGACUCAACGAGCACAGCCUAACCGUAGAGACAGGCACAGCCAGGAAGACCUGGCUGCCCAGACCUUCAACAUAAAUGGAAAUCCUAAAAGCCUCCUCACACAAGUACAACACAACAGGAUCACAACAGACACAAAGAGACUCUGAUGUCUAACACAGAAGAAACACAGUUUCAUUACUGCUGAUGAUUAUAUUGAUUUAACAGGUCAGACAUAUUUUGGACUGUCUGUGCUAAAGUUUUUUUUUUUUUGUAAGUAUUGUACCAUUAAAGCUCAUCUGAGCUGUUACUACUGUGGUGUCAGGUUUUGUGCAAUGUGUUAAAAACCCAAUGUGUUAAGAACCCAUCUGUGCUUCACCCAUAUGUGUGUUCUUCAAUGAGGGAAAUUCCAUUAGUGUUUGCCCAUCCAGCACCUGUUGUGUGCCACUCUGUCUGCUAUUGCUGUAUUGCAAAGGGGUAAUCACUCAUGCUUUGCAUGCAUGUGUUGGGUACUUUAAUGGCACUGGAAAGGGAUGUGUGAAAGACAGAGCCUGU